AGCACUCUCGGGGCGGAGGGCGACGGGAGCUGUCCCUGGCCGCGGUGCUCCAGAGCCGCUCCUGGCAGCGCACGGCUAAGGCGGGCGAGAGGCAGCCCAGGGGCGCGCCCGGGACAAGACCGCCUGCAGCAGGGCGCAGAGAAGCAACGGGAGCCCGCGGAGAGGCGCAAGCGAAGGCGCCCGGCGGUGGAGGGGAGCAGAGGCGCCGGGCUGAGCUCGAGGGGCGCCCCACAGGGGGCGAGAGAGACGAAGGCGCGCCUGCUUUGACAGCCCCACAGCUCCGCCGGGGCGAGAAGCGUCAGGGGUGCUGAACGCGCUCCAGAGGCGCGCGGAGCGCAGGGAAGCUCCCGCCGGCAGCCCGCCCCAAAGCAGCCCCCCUCCCGCACCCCUGCGUCUCAGCCGCCCGGCCCGGGGGUGGUCGUCCUGCCCGGGGCAGCCAUGAGCGGCGCCUGCAGAGCCAUCGGGGGCUUCGGCGCCUGGGACUACGUGGUCUUCGCGGCCAUGCUGCUCAUCUCGGCCGGCAUCGGCAUCUACUACGCCUUCGCGGGCGGCGGCCAAAAGACUUCCAAGGAGUUCCUGAUGGGAGGGCGCCGCAUGAACGCCGUGCCGGUGGCGCUCUCCCUGACGGCCAGCUUCAUGUCGGCCGUGACGGUGCUGGGCACCCCGGCCGAGGUCUACCGCUUCGGGGCCCGCUUCAGCGUCUUUGCCUUCACCUAUCUGCUGGUGGUGGUCCUCAGCGCCGAGAUCUUCUUGCCCGUCUUCUACCGCCUGGGCAUCACCAGCACCUACGAGUACUUAGAGCUUCGAUUUAAUAAAUAUCUGCGUUUAUGUGGGACAACGAUCUUCAUUGUUCAGACGGUAUUAUAUACUGGAAUUGUCAUUUAUGCUCCAGCCUUAGCUUUAAAUCAAGUUACAGGAUUUAACUUGUGGGGUGCAGUGGUUGCAACAGGAGUAGUCUGUACUUUCUACUGCACACUGGGUGGUCUAAAGGCAGUAGUCUGGACUGAUGUUUUCCAAGUUGGAAUCAUGAUAGCUGGCUUUUCAGCUGUGAUUAUACGUGCUGUGGUGGUUCAAGGUGGCAUUGGUCGUAUUCUAAAUGAUUCCUACCAUGGAGGAAGAUUAAAUUUUUGGGACUUUGAUCCUAAUCCUUUGCAACGGCACACGUUCUGGACAAUUAUCAUAGGUGGAACUUUCACCUGGCUUGGUGUAUACGGUGUAAACCAGUCUCAAGUUCAGCGUUACAUUGCCUGCAAAAGCAGAUUUCAAGCAAAAUUAUCUCUCUAUAUUAACCUUUUGGGGCUUUGGGCAAUUCUUGCAUGUGCGGUGCUAUGUGGUUUAGCAAUGUACUCCAUAUAUAAGGACUGUGACCCAUGGACAGCAAAAUGUGUGUCCGCACCAGACCAGCUCAUGCCAUACCUGGUACAAGAUAUUCUGCAGAAUUUUCCAGGCAUGCCAGGACUUUUUGUGGCUAGUGCUUACAGCGGAACUUUAAGUACAGUAUCCUCUAGCAUCAAUGCUUUAGCAGCUGUGACUGUAGAGGAUCUCAUUAAACCUUACUUUGCAUCACUCACUGAAAGGAAAUUGUCUUGGAUUUCUAUGGGGAUGAGUAUGUUUUAUGGUGGAGUGUGCAUUGCUAUGGCUGCUGUGGCAUCACUUUUAGGAGGUUUGUUACAGGCAGCUCUCAGUAUUUUUGGCAUGGUUGGUGGACCUCUUCUUGGACUAUUUACUUUGGGUAUCCUCUGUCCUAUUGCUAAUCCUGUGGGUACAUUUGUAGGCCUCAUUGGUGGAUUUACUGCUGCCUUGUGGGUUGGAAUUGGAGCUCAGAUUUAUCCUCCACUUCCUCAAAAUAGCAUGCCAUUAAACCUUAGCACUGCAUACUGCAACACAACUGGCCCAGGAGCUGAAGGCAACUGGACGACUCUUACAGCACUCCCAAACACAGAAAGACCUGCCCUUGCAGAUUAUUGGUACUCCUUAUCAUAUCUCUACUUCAGCACACUUGGAACUCUGGUCACAGUUGCUGUGGGAAUAGUUGUCAGUCUUUUAACAGGAGGAUUAAAGCAAAAUGUGGAUCGGAAAUUCAUGCUAAACAAGGACGAUUUUCUAUCAAACUUCUCAUUUUUUAAACCUAAAAAAGAUGACAAAGUUGAAGUUUUGAACUGGAAACAGGUUGCUGAUGAAGGAACAGACAAUCCAGCUUUCAAUCACAUUGAAAUGAAUUUCACAGACAAUAAAGCAACUGUCAAUGGUGUUCAUACAUGAAAAUCCUUUUGAACUCUGUGUUGGUUGGCAGCUACUCAGAUAUGCCUCCCAAAGAAUAACAUUCCAAUGGUUGUUUACCAUCCUACUUCGGAUUAUGAAGAUAACUGCUGACUAAACUUUGCAUAAUCAUAGCCCAGAGAUGGAUUCUUGAAGCCAAGAAUAAAUUGGACAGUAUGUAUAUAAACAAUUGCAGAUAAUGUUGCUGAUUUCUGAAACUGUAGGGAGCAAAUCUGGGAUAUUUAAAAUAUAAAUGUCACUGCAAGUGCAACAA